UGUCCUGAUGGUUUUUAUGGUGCUGGUUGUCAGAAGAAUUGUAAUAAUAGAAAAUGUCUGAAGAAUUCAAUGUGUGAUCAUGUGACAGGAGAAUGUACUGGUGGAUGUUCUGUGGGUUAUAGCUGCAGUAAGAAAUGUUCAGAUAGAAAAUGUAAUGAUAAUUUAAACUGUAACAGUAAAACAGGAGAAUGUAUUGAUGGAUGUCAACCAGGUUUUCAGUCAAUUGAUUGUUCCUAUGGUAAUAAUAUCGUUUUAGUUCUGCAACCUAUCAAAGAAUUUAAAGCUUGGUAA